AUGUUCGCUCCCCGGCUCCUGGAUUUCCAGAAGACGAAGUACGCGAGCACUCUGUCCCCCUCCAACCACCCCUGUCCCCUUGUGCCACCCCUGACCACCCUCAUAGCAAGCAAGAGGAAUGGGUUCAUGAACCACCGAGUCCCCGCCCACAAGAGGUACCAGCCCACGGAGUACGAACAUGCCGCCAACUGUGCCACCCAUGCUCUCUGGAUCAUUCCCAGCAUCCUUGGCAGCUCCAACCUCUACUUCCUGUCGGACGAUGACUGGGAGACCAUUUCUGCCUGGAUCUACGGCCUUGGCCUCUGUGGGCUAUUUGUGGUGUCUACUGUGUUCCACACGAUCUCCUGGAAGAAGAGCCACCUCAGGAUGGUGGAGCACUGCCUGCACAUGUCCGACCGCAUGGCCAUCUACUUCUUCAUCGCAGCCUCCUACGCGCCCUGGCUGAACCUCCGGGAGCUGGGCCCCUGGGCCUCCCACAUGCGCUGGCUGGUGUGGAUCAUGGCCUCUGUCGGCACCAUCUAUGUCUUCUUCUUCCAUGAGCGGUACAAGCUCAUGGAGCUGCUCUGCUACGUCGUCAUGGGCUUUUUCCCCGCCCUCGUCAUCCUCUCAAUGCCCAACACCGAGGGCAUCUGGGAGCUGGUGACCGGAGGGGCCUUCUACUGCUUGGGCAUGGUCUUCUUCAAGAGUGACGGGAGGAUUCCUUUUGCCCACGCCAUCUGGCAUCUCUUUGUGGCAUUUGGUGCUGGUACCCACUACUAUGCCAUCUGGAGGUACCUCUAUCUGCCCAGCACCCUGCAGGCCAAGGUGUCCAAAUGAGGUGGCCCAGACUGCACAGGACAUAUGGGCUUUUGGAGCAGAGCAUCACGGGAAGUGUUUCUGCGAACUUUAGCCCAGAGCACAGCACCCAGGCCCGU